AUGUCUUUCAGUAUUUCUGACUUUGCGAGUGUCGUCCAGACGCCUGCAAAGUCUCCCUCCGCGAAUCCGGAUGGUGAGUUACCGAGGGGGGGAAUUAGCAGUGGCAAAGAGGUUCCAAUCCUACUAUUGGACCUCUCCAAGGAUUUUGUUGGGAAGAAUCCGCGUUGUGGCGGAUCCAUCGGUCAGUCAGGUUGGAUGUGCAUAAAAUUGGGAUGUGACAAGCCCACCCAUGUCAAGAAAAAACACAAACUACUACAAGAUAAUAUGAAAGGCCAGGUGGUUUUCAUUCAAGCGGAUUCCAGUGGCGAUUUGGUCCAUGGCUCUCCCAAUUUGGAAUUGAGCGAAUUUGGACCAAGCCAUUUCAAUAAGUAUCAAGAUCAAAUCCAAACCCCAGAAAGUUGGGAGUCUCUGUUCAAUUUGUUACUAGUGAAGGACCAGAGAAUGGCAGACAAGCUUUCAGCUGACAAAUUUUAUGAGUUAGCAAAUAAAGCUGCUGCCAGAACUGGUCCAACACUAUUCAAGGCUGCAAGGAAACUAGGUGAGAAGUUUUGCAAGUUCAGGGAUCUGAUUCUUGGUCCACAGGACUAG